UCCAAUAAUGACUGGGGGAUCCCGGCAAGUAACAUGACUAAAAAGAAGCGGGAGAAUCUGGGUGUCGCUCUAGAGAUCGAUGGGCUGGAGGAAAAGCUGUCGCAUUGUCGGAGAGACCUGGAGGCUGUGAACUCUAGGCUCCAGGGGGCGGAGCUGAGCCCAGAGGCCAGGAGGUCUCUGGAGAAGGAGAAGAACAGCCUGAUGAACAAAGCUGCCAACUACGAGAAGGAGUUGAAGUUGCUUCGGCAGGAGAACCGGCAAAACAUGUUGCUCUCUGUGGCCAUCUUCAUCCUCCUGACCCUCGCCUACGCCUACUGGACCAUGUGAGCCUGGGAUUUCUCCAGUCAGCACACACUUCCCCUCAGCCCCCUGAUCACGACCAAGCAGGCCCUUCAAGACAAAAGAACCAAGAUACAGGGGCAUUCCUCCCCGACCCAGGCACUGGAGCAGGACUUCCUGUCGGCCCAGCCCCUCUUGCCUCCUGGUCCUGCUAUGAGGCCUGAGUCUCCAGAAGGACUUUGUGCUGGCUCCUCCCUUAACCCAAGGAAAAGGCAAUAAAGAACAUCCAGGCUG